AUGCACCAGAGUGUUACUACACGAGAGGAUAUAUUUGAAUCUCCUUCACCUACAGAGACUGACGAGGAGGACGAAGAUAUUUUUAACAAAAUUCUGAAAGUUAACAAAGACAGCUCUCAGUUCUUGCAGGAGGGUGACAUAGUCCCACGGAGGAGUCGCAGUGCCAUCAACUGUCGCCAUUGCAACUGGCCCCAGUCCAGCGAUGGGAUUGUUCGCAUCCCCUAUGAAUUGGAUCCUACUUAUGAGGAGGGCCAUGUGAAAGGGAUUCAUGAAGCCAUGGCAGAAUUUGAAGCACUGACUUGUAUUAACUUUGUGAAGCGCAAGACAGAGCGUGACUACCUCAGUAUUAGAUCUGCCGAUGGCUGCUGGUCCAACUAUGGGAAAGUAGGAGGUGGACAGACUGUCUCUGUGAUGAAAGCAGGCUGCAUGUGGAAAGGAGUAAUUCAGCAUGAGCUGGAGCAUGCUCUGGGCUUUUUGCACGAACACUCUCGAAGUGACAGAGAUAAACACGUAAAGAUCAUGUGGGAGUACAUCAGUCCUGCUGACAGACCGGACUUCAGGAAGUUUGAAAACUCCAAUAACCUGGAUCUUCCAUAUGACUAUUCCUCAGUAAUGCACUAUGGCCCAUACACAUUCACCAAUACCACCGGGAAAGCAACUAUUGUACCAAUUCCUGAUGGAUCAGUACAUAUUGGACAGAGACAAGGGAUGAGCAACUUGGAUGUGGCCAAAAUCAACAAACUUUACAACUGCAGUCGCUGCAGCACUAUUCUUGAUGGGCCUUCCGGGUCACUGAGAUCUGCCAACUACCCAAGGAAUUACUCAGAUAACACCAACUGUGUCUGGCUCAUCCGAACCCGAGGCAAAAAGGUUUCCCUGCACUUUCAAGCCUUUCAGCUGCAGAAAACUACGAGCUGUCAGGGUGAUUAUGUUAAAGUUUAUGAUGGAUCCAGCAAGUCUUCUCCAGUUCUAUUGGACAAGACCUGUGGAUCAAAGAUACCCAAUGGCAUAGUUGCUUCUAGUAAUCUUAUGCUAGUAGAGUUCAUCACAGAUGGUGCCCAUACAGCUUCUGGUUUCCAAGCCAUCUUUACUGCUGUGAGGACCCAAAGAAGAUUUAGCAUCCACAACUGACUUAAUGAAGAAGAACCUAUUCUGUGAAUAUUGAAAUUAUGUGUUUCCUACUUUGUUCCUAUCUCGGCUUGGAUCAGUAUGAAAUUUAAUUCUAUUAAGAAUCAAAGUUUUCA